AUAAUGAUGGUAAUACAAGGGGAUCGGGCAUUGGUAAUCCGAAUUUAUUUUGUAUAGCCAAAAGUGCAGGCAAACACGUUACUCAAGUUUGACUGCUAGCGUUGGGCGGAAGUUGAGAGAUUGUAGCAGUGAUCGGUGAAGAUGAGCAAAGUUCAUGCUUUUAGUGAUUUGUCGGAGCACAACAAGAAAGAUGAUUGCUGGCUUCUCAUCUCUGGAAAGGUUUAUGAUGUAACCUCAUUUUUGGAUGAUCAUCCUGGAGGUGAUGAUGUCUUGCUAACUGCAACAGGUAAGGAUGCAACCGAUGAUUUUGAAGAUGUUGGUCACAGUGAUGAUGCAAGAGAGCUGUUGAAGAAAUUCUUCAUUGGUGAAAUUGACAGUUCCACCCUUCCUGCGGAACCCAAAUAUACCCCGCCGCCCCCAACGACAUCAUCCGCUGGAAACGAGGGUUCUGGAAAUUUAUUGAAGAUAUUGCAAUUCUUGUUACCUUUGUUGAUAUUGGGUGCAGCCCUCGCCUUCCGUUCCUUUUACCAGAAAGAAUAGAUCAACUGUCAUGUUUCAAGCCUUUACGGGAUACAAUACAGCCUUCUCCUGUGCAUCUUGUCAUUUCAUAUGUUAUGUUUUAAUCUUAAAAAUCAAUCCCCUAUUCAGCUUAUGUGUAUUUGCUACCUUUGUUGGAUGUCCCUUGUGGGAUAGUGAGAUAUUAAGAUGUUGUUAGCUCUGUUGGUAAUGUUGUCUGCUAGAAUAAAAGUUCUAUGGUAAAAGAGGAAUGGUGAAACAGGCAAUAGGUUCUUCCAUGAUUGGCAUUCUUUGCCUAUUUUCUAUGACGUCAAACUUUUACGUAAUAGUUCACUCAAA